AUGGAGCAACUGGGAACUGCUACGGACUCACUGGACGCGUUCAUGGCCACGCUCAGUGGACCAGUUGCUGGGAACAGGCACGAGUGUUUGAGUUUUUCUGUCCCGUAUUCGCGAAACGGUAGCGCUUGCGAACUGGACCCUGUUGCCCAAAGCCACGACAUCCAGCAACAACCACGUCGUUCUCCGUGUCCAAAGGCGGAGCCAGGAUCCCCAACGAAAACCGGUUUGGUCUCCGACGGGCAUGAAAUCGAGCACCUGUGCGCUUCAGAGAAGAACGGGCUUCACCGGAGUGCUGGAAGCUGGCCCUCGGCCGCUGAGCCGUCAUUCUCUGGAACGGGGAACGGCACACCGGGGACCUCGCCUCGACACGAGCCCGCCAAACGACAACGCCAUUGGGGCGCUGCUUCCCGAACCGCACACCUUGCCGAUCGCACUCGACAAGUGCAAGCACUCCAGCCUCGCUCGGAACCGUGCUUGAGCUCACUGCCGGCUAGCAGUCGUCCAGACAACGCCGAUACCGUUUCCGUACCAGCGUCCUCGGAUACCGAAGAUAACGAUGCCGCUUCUGGCAGUAUGCAGGUCGAGGGCGUUACCGCAGAUCGUCGUCAUCGAACGGUAUCCGAAGCGCCGGGUGUUCUCGUUCGCGACCUCGAACAGCCGCAUCGUCUGCUCGGCGUAUCGCUAUUGCACAACUGGGAACAGACCGGACUCCCUACCACGAUCCUUGACUGGUUGAAAGACGGUCUGGGCAUGGGGCACCCCACGCUGGUGCAACGUGCUUGCAUUCCGGUGCUGGUGCGUGGUCACCAUUGUGUGGGCGUCGCCGAAACCGGCUCCGGUAAGACGCUGGCGUACCUGGUGCCGCUUGUGCGGUACCUCAUUCGCUCAUGGCGUGAUAGAGGACGCCGACGAACGUGUCCGGUUGCGGUCGUCAUCACACCAACCCGUGAACUAGCCAUGCAGGUACACAAGUUGCUGGUGACGCUGCUGCAGCACCUCAGUUGGCCAUCGUGCAGUGCGCUGGAACCCGAGCGAUACGCUGCUGAUGCUAGUUUUCGUGCUAGCGUUGCUGACCCUGAUAUCGCGGUGCCUGCGAUGCCCGAGUCUUGGUGUUUAUGUGCCUACGGCGGUGCAGACUUGGCGGCCAAUGUGGCGACGCUCUGCCGCGGCGUUCGGGUCCUCAUCGGAACACCCGGGCGCUUGAUAUCCCUUCUCCAGUUGAACCGAGGGAGAUUCCUGCAUCUACGUGGUACGGCGCUUCUGGUUUUGGAUGAGGUCGACAGGCUUCUGGAUCUGGGAUUCGCGCCACAGAUCCAACGCAUUCUCGCUGCGACUUCAACGCAGGUCCAAAUGGCGUUCUUCUCGGCAACAUUGCCGCCAAUUAUGGAAAAGCUCAUUCGCAAACUCAUAUCGCAGCAGAGACAGGCAGCGAUCGCCAGUGAUGGAUCGCAUCAUCAGCGCUAUCGGGCACGUCGUCGACUGGUGCUUAUCCGGUGUACGACACGGCCGUUAACCAUGCCGCAGUCGCCAGGAUCAGCGUAUGAACCGGGCAUUCCGUUAACCAUUCAACAACGUGUACACGUGUUACCGGAAACGGACCCACCGCAAGCGGUGGAGCAGGGUGAAGCGGCUCGGUUUGCGGCGCUAUUGGAUCUUCUGGACAGGCAUACAACAGCUCGAAUGCUGGUGUUCGUUUCCCGUCAAGAACAGGUGGACCUGCUCUUUCAACGACUCGUAGAAUGGCAUCGACAGGAGAAGCAGCAGGCGUCGAAGCGUGCUCCGGCGUUGCGACGCGCCGCAAACGAGGCAAUAGAGCACAUGUUGGCGCUCCAUGGUGGUAUUGAUCAAGGCGAUCGCGACGACACCUGGGAUCUCUUUCGACAUCCACUGAAACGAUCGGCGGACGCAGGCUCACACGCAAGUUGUCGUUUGCUCCUGGCGACAUCGUUGGCUGCCCGUGGCCUCGACGUUCCAGACCUGGAUGUGGUCGUCAAUUUCCACGCUCCUCGAUCACUCGAGGACUACGUGCAUCGUGUUGGACGGACAGGUCGAGCAAAUCGUCUCGGGGUAGCGUAUACGCUUUUCGUGCCGCAUCAGGAUGAUUUUGCGGCGCCGUUCCUGGUCCAGUGUCUGGAAGCAGCGGGUCAAGAGGUGCCGUCUGCGUUGGCGACGGCCCGGGAACGUUGGAUGGGUACCAAGCGGCCCCGCUUCGCCCGGCAAGGAGCACAGAUGCCUAUGAUCGAAUGCGGCGCGACUCGUUCACAUGUCGCUGCGCCGGCUGCAACCCGAAGAACGAUCGAGAAAUCGAGGGAAACCAGGAGCGUCUCUGGAGACGUGGCAAGUUAUCCGCCAAUGUCGCCAGUUGAAGCGAGUCGCCCUGCAACGCGGCAUGUGGGGCGAUCCCCGAAGACCGAUGACCCACCAGCUGCAUCAUUCGACGGUGACGGUGCCCGGACGGUUUCGCAUGCCUCGAGCAGCAUGCACGGUUGUGGUUAUUCGACGGGACUAGCUUCAGCGGCACCUCAGCAACAGCAACAACAACAACAACAACAGUCGAUUCCGAGUGCCUCGGGGCAUCGCUGUCGACGGGUGGAGUGGCGUCCACCAGAGUACCGAGGCCGCGGCUUCACUUUCGACACGCGUGAUCUGGAGCGCCUUCGGCGUCGUCUCGUGCCGGCAGCGACUACGGAUAGCAUUCUACUCGGUGCUGGGGCGGAUUCAUCUCUGGUGGAGCAGCACCAGCUCGACGCGUGCAGCGCCAAAGACGCGGUAUUAUGGGCGGACGAAUGUACCGCUAUCCUUGUGAUCAAUGGUUAUCCAGGAACAGUUCGCCAACGCGUGACCAGCUCAGCGUUUCUGCGACAUAUUUUCGAGAAACACGGUUGUCGGGUGUUGGUCAAGGGUGCGUAUCAGCGCAACCUGCCAGAGCGACGCUCUCGAGCAACGUUUCACGCGAUGCCCGAGAUCCAAAGGCCUUUGUACCUGUGGUUUGAGGCACCGACAACAGCUGCGUUGCAGGGUGCACUGCAACACGCGCAGCAUGAGCUCGCCUCGGAUAAAUCGAUCGAAGAGACGAUGUUCUAG